CUAAGGCAGAGGCAGGUGAGGCUUGUUAAAAGAAAAAUAAAACAACCCACCAAGAGAUAAGAGAGAAGAACAGACCCCCCCCCCUUCCUGUGCACAUUUACCAUUUUGUUUGUGCCAGCCUUAGCGAGAGAGACAGAGAGAAAGAAAAUGGGCAGAGUGAAUAGCUGCCUCGUUCGGAAAUGGGCCUACAGCCACUUCCCACUUUGGAAGCCUCAGCAAUCAUUCUCUUGCUCGCUCUUUCUCUUCGCCUUCUCUGCCUGCCCACUCUGGCUUGGCUGCCAAGUCAGAGUUGGCACAGCUUCCCAGGCAGCACGGAACAAAGCCGUCUCCCAUCCCUGAACAGGCAACUGACAGAAAGCAAAGUGACAGGCGCAUCUUCUGCAUGUUAAUCCUGGCGGAGAAGAGAUAUUGACAAGAGAAUUCACCCUGCCCAAAAAAUUAAAAUGAAAUAAAUUAAUUUUAAUUUUUUUUUCUUUUUUAAAAAAAGCCUCCAUCAAUUCUGUUUGAAAGAAUCCUUAAAAAAAAUACAGCUGGCUGAAAUAAGGAUUGGAAAGGGGGGGGGGGGAGAGAAGAUAAUUUACCCACCAGCACCCUGGCAAACAAGGCAGCUUUGCAUCUGUUGUACCUGUUCCCGUUGCCUUCCUUUGCCUCUUGGAAUCGUGACAAGAGAGAAAAGUCGCCUCUGGUGGGUUGCUCAAAGCUGCGGGUCUGCAGCCCAGUGCAGGAAGUUGGCACCGAUCCCAGGAGUGGGAAGGGACAGAAAGAAAGGGACAGAAGGAGAAGCCAUUUGCUGUUUGAGAAGACAUGCUAUGCACUCAAAGACAAAGACAGAAGUGGCUGCCACAACCAGAUAUAAAACAGGAAGGAAGCAGACACAGAAGGGAAGGAGAGAGACUUUCCCUGGGGCUGGACUAUGGAAGUCCACUCACAUGGAUGGGAAAAGAGGCAGAAAAUUAUAUGCCAAAAAUAUUAAGCUAUACAAGUUACACCGGGCAGAGUUUGCUACUGGAAAAUGGGAGCUGCGUCCUCAUCUUACCCGGAGAGACACAAGGCUACGUAAGGCAGUCCCUGUGGAAAAGCAAAUUGCCAUGGCCGUCAUGUACCUUGCCCAUAAAGGAUCUUAUGCAACAGUAGCUACAUUUUUUGGAGUGGGCAAGUCUACUGCUUACAGGGCAAUAAUUCAUGUCUUCCUUUGCAUGGAGACACAUCUAUUCCGUAGAGCUGUCUACCUUGGAGACCACAGAAAGGUAAUGGCUGGUUUUGAGCGGCUAGGAUUUCCACAGGUGGUUGGGGCGAUAGACGGCUGUCAUAUUCCUAUAAUUGCACCUGCUCAUGAGGGCGUGCAGUACAUCAAUCGGAAGCAAACGCACUCCAUGAUUCUGCAGGUGACAUGUGACCAUAACGGAAUUUUUUUGGACCUUUUCACCGGGUUCGCUGGGUCCAAUCACGAUACGUUCCUCCUGAAAGAAUCCCCCAUUUAUCACGCACUGAAGGCUGGAAUUUAUGUACCCAGGCGUCCGACUGUGACUAUUGCUGGAAAACGAGUUGGCCCAAUUCUGCUUGGAGACGGUGGUUACCCGAUAAAACCUUUCUUGCUGAUCCCUUUCAAGGUGGGACACAGCAAAAGGGAGGGGGUGUACAACAGAAGACUAUCAAAAGCACGUUGUAUCGUGGAGAGAAGCUUUGGGAGAUUGAAGUCGAGAUUUCGUGCCCUGCAGUGCGGGCUCGAUCUCACAGUGGAUAACUUACCAUCAGCAAUUCUUGCUGGUGGCAUUCUCCACAACAUUAUUGAAACCAAUGGGGAGGUUCUAAAUGGGAGGAACACUUCUCCAGAGACAUUUGUUAUAGACCCACGACGUUACAUCAGUGAUGAUGAUGAGAGGAAAUUGGGGGAGGGAAUAAGAGAUACCUUUGUGACAUAUUUUAAUUCAUAAAUUUUAUACAGUACUUAAGAAAUGGCUAUGAAAUACUGUCGUGGCUGGAAUAUGCGUCAAUGAAAAGUGUUUGUAUAUACUGUAUAUCAAUAAAUCAUUACAUCGAAUGUCAAUUUUUUUGUAUGAGUUCAUCGUUAUUCAACAUUUCAAUACACCUGCAAUAGUUCCUCUUCUCUGGGAAGACACUGAUUUUUU